AUGCUGUCUAUUCCACGAACCGUCCGAUCUCCAGCCGUCCGAACGCUACAUCACGCGCGCACCGCGGCGACGCAGGCAGCUUCCAAACGCGCCGGCGAUAUCUCAGACGCAUUUGCCUCGCUUUCUGGUCAACAAUUUGUACCUCUUGCACCGGAAUAUGCGGCUCUCAAAGCUCGCUUGAUCAAGGGCAAUGAAGAGGCCAUAAGACAGUCAUGGGAGCGGCUGCUCAGGGAUCUGCGCGAGGAGAUACCGCUCAUCGUGGACAAGGGCUCAAGGAUUAUUCCUGAGAUCAGCUUCAAGGAUAUCGACAAUGCGCCCGAGGACUUCAGCAAGGAGCUACGGAAGAGGGGAGUUGCUGUUGUGCGGGGUGUGGUGAGCGAGCAGGAGGCACUUGGCUGGAAGGAGAGCUUGAGAGAGUACAUCAAGACGAAUCCACAGACGAAAGCGUUCCCGUCCGAAAACCCGCAAGUCUUCGAACUUUACUGGUCGCGCGCCCAGCUCCUCGCCCGUGGGCACCCGAACAUGCUCAAGACGCAGAGCUUCCUCAUGUCGUACUGGCACGCCAAAAACUCUCAUACGCCCAUCUCCACGCGCCACCCCAUAUCCUACGCCGAUCGACUGCGCAUGCGUCUCCCCGGCGACUCGCGCUUCGCACUCGGCCCACAUGUUGACGGAGGAAGCGUAGAGCGCUGGGACGAGAAUGGAUACGGGCGAGGCAAAGUCUACGACAGCGUCUGGAAAGGCCAGUGGGAAGACUUCGAUCCUUGGGAGUCAAGCUGCAGACUGAACGUCGUGUCCGACCUGCACCAGGGCGUCGGCGCCUGCUCCGCCUUUCGCAUGUUCCAAGGAUGGCUCUCGCUCUCCACCACCGGCCCCGGCGAAGGCACACUCCUCGUCAACCCGCUCCUCGCGAAAGCCACCGCAUAUUAUCUCCUCCGCCCGUUCUUUAGCCCUGUCCGCGGCGUCGAGCCCGGCGCGCAGACGGCCGACGAAGCUACCACGUCCGCCGCGGCCUUCCUCGCGAGCGAUAACUGGAAAAUGGAUGAGAAGAGCAGUUCCUGGAUUCAGGGCGCGACGCCUGGCCAUGGCCAGGAGUUGUCGCAUCUCUUGCAUCCGCAUCUCAACUUGAAGCAGAGCAUGAUUCAUGUACCUACUGUAAGGCCGGGCGACUACGUCGCUUGGCACUGCGAUACGAUUCACGCCGUCGACAAGACACACAUUGGCACCUCGGACUCCUCUGUCUUGUACAUCCCCGCGUGCCCCCUUACUGAGGAUAACGCAAAAUAUCUUGUGCGACAGCGCACCAACUUCAUCGCCGGGACCCCUAGCCCUGACUUCGGGGGUGGCGUUGGGGAAAGCGAACAUGUUGGCAGGGUGAGGGUGGAGGAUGUGGAAAGUCUAGUGGGUGUGGAAGGGUGUAGGAGCAUGGGAUUAACUGAAUGGGAUAGUGGGGAGUAUGGGCUGGGGACGGGCGAGAGGGUUAUGCUGGAUCGGGCAAAUAAGGUGGCGGGGUUUUAUGAUCCAGAGGUUGAGAUCACGAGAGGUUAA